UACAGAGAUUGGUCUGUGGUUACCAAGAAUAAAGCCCCCCGUUAUCGUUUUUGACAGAUAACCGAUCAAUCUAAAGAUCCCCCGGGUCUUUAGUAACUAUUCACUCUACACAAACACAAACGACCACUUUGUCUCUACCUCUGGCUGCGGGUAGACCGUGAUUUUUGGGGAUGAAGCAGGGAUAGAGUUCAAUAGCAGCAAGAUGAUGAUGGAAACGAAGACCCCGGACACGGCCAGGAGCUUCACGAUCACAUAUACCCCCCGCGUGGCCAAAACCGGAGGUAUCCUGGCACAGCUGUGCAUUAGAUGUGGAGGGUACAGCGCAUCUAACCACGACUACUGCAUCCAGUGUGUGGAAAGUCUGAAAAAGACGUGUUGUCAUAACAGAAACUAUGACAUCAAGAGAAAACCAGAAAAGAAGAAAGAAAUGAGGAAAGAUGACAGAAGAGAGCAUAAAAAUAACUUCUGUAUUGGCUGUAAGGUGUCUGACGUGGGGGCAGGAGGUACCCUCUGUCUUAUCUGUGUGGCCAAGAGGCGGGAAAAAGAGAGACAGAAGAAUAUACAUAAAUAUGACCACAAGGACCAUUACUUUGGGUCAGGGGACCUCAUCAAGGCCUACUCGGCACCUCCAAGAGACGAUUCCUGGAAAAAAGAUUGGCGAUGCACUGUGUGUCUUCAGAGGGUAAGACCAGAGAAGAAACCAACUUGUUAUGGCUGUGAAAUUAAACAGAUGCUUUUAUCCAGGAGAAUGAAUAUAGUUGAUGUGGAGAAAGACUUAAAUAAGUACAAACAAGAAGCUACUGGAGUCAAGGAGGAAUUUUUGUCUUCAGAGCCGAAGGAUGGCGUCACUAAAUGGGAAAUGUCAUUUGAAGUAAGGAAAAAGUCUUUGGAGGAUAUAAAGAAUUCCGUGAAUCGCCUGAAUCUCUCCAAAAAACAGGACAUGGACAAACAGAAAGAAGUCAUGCAAUAUAUUGAUGGACUUAUUACCGCAUGCAAGAUUCAUUUUGAGAGUAGGAAAGAAAAAUCUCAGGAGAAUCCACAAAAGGAGGAUGUACAAAAUCGCACUGAACAUUGAACUCUUCAUCAUGGACUUUAAUUCUAUCGACUUGUGACUGGUUUUUUUUCUAUGUGCACAUUGAAAGGCUGUAUUUAAUCUACACAUAAAUGUUUGUAUAACAUGGUUAAAGGAAUUUUAUAUUUUACACAGACAUUUUCAGUAAGUUCACAUUUUACAUUUUGAAAAAAUGCAUCAAAUAAAUCAACUGUAUUUGA